AGGGCUCCUUUAACCUCGUACGAAAAGAGACGGUUCGUCACAACAAGAAAAACGAGUGAAAGUACAAAGAAGGUCCAACUUGUUUACCUGUGAUCGAGGUCAGUUCUUUUUAUUGCCAGCGGGUAUGUAGAACCGUAAAGUCCAUCUGGAGUAAGUACAACUGACUGGCGUAUAUAAAGGACAGGGAUUUCUUGGAAAAGACACACACUUCACCUUGUUAACUCCUCCAGUUCAACACUCAACUCUCCUUGUUCAAAAUGAAUACCUUCAAGACUGUCGUUAUGGUUUGCGCCAUGUUGGCUGCUUCCUGCUCCGGCCAGUACAUGUCCCAGUCGUCCGGCAACCAGGGAAGUUCUGGUUUAAGCGGAAUGCUGGGCGGUCAAUACGCCAGCCAGGGCCAACAGGCCGUUUUGAACACCGGAGCACUUCCUCUUGAGCAGCAACGCCCAGCAGCCAGCCCAGCAUUCGUUGCUGAGCAACUCAGACCAGCAUCAGCCAGCCCAGCCAUGCCAGCUGCACCUACAACUACCCAACAGAUCUGCUCUUGCAUCACCAUCAACCCGGCCGCAUCAGCUGCCCAGUCAGCGGCUGCCGCUUCACCUGCCCAACUCGCUGCCCCAAUGGCCGCUGCUCCUCAACAGUCUUUCGCUGCUGCCCCUCAACAGACUUUUGCUGCUGCCCCCCAACAGACUUUUGCUGCUGCCCCUCAACAGACUUUUGCUGCUGCCCCUCAACAGACUUUCGCUGCUGCCCAGCAACAGGCGUACGCUGCCCCACAACCCGCUGCCGCUCAAACCCAGGGACGCUAUUAAAAGAAAAUAUGUUUGAUACACUUGUUCAUGAAUUGUAAUGAAGAUUGCAAUAAAAAUUUAC